CUAGCUGCGGGGACUCCUCCCCGCGCGCGCUCUCGAGUAGCCAUGGCUCCACUCCGCUUCUCGGCCAACCUGUCGUGGCUGUUCCCGGAGCUGUCGGGCUUUCCCGCGCGGCUCCGGGCCGCGGGCAGUUCGGGCUUCGAAGCAGCCGAGAUCGGCUGGCCGUAUGCGGAGCCGCCGGAGGCGCUGGCGCGCGCAGCGCGGGAAGCCGGGCUACGAGUGGUGCUAAUCAACACGCCCCCAGGAGACAGAGAGAAGGGGGAGAAUGGGCUGGGGGCUGUUCCCGGGAGGCAGGCGGCCUUCCGAGAAGGGCUGGAGCAGGCGGUGCUGUACGCUAAGGCUCUGGGCUGUUCCAGGAUUCACCUGAUGGCUGGCCGAGUGCCCAAGGGGGCUGACAGAACCGCGGUCAGGGGUGAAAUGGAGGUAGUUUUCCUGGAGAACCUCAGGCACGCAGCUGAGGUUUUGGCUCAGGAGAACCUCGUGGGACUGCUGGAGCCCAUAAACACCCGCAUCACGGACCCCCGGUAUUUCCUGGACACGCCCCAGCAGGCGGCAGCCAUCUUACAGAAGGUGGGAAGACCCAACCUCCAGCUACAGAUGGACUUAUUCCACUGGCAGAUCAUGGACGGGAACCUGACAGGGAACGUGCGAGAGUUCCUGCCCAUUGUUGGGCACGUGCAGGUGGCACAGGUCCCCGGUCGGGGGGAACCCGACAGCCCCGGAGAGCUCAACUUCUCGUAUCUGUUCCAACUGCUGGAAGAUGAAGGCUACACAGGCUUCGUGGGCUGCGAGUACCAGCCUCGAGGAGACACAGCAGAGGGCCUGAGUUGGCUGCGUUCAUACUGGGAGAUGAGGGGCUGCCCGCAGGCUGGCCAGUGAGGUCCUGCGCUCCAGCCACACGCCUCUGGGACGGUGAGCAGCACGACUGAGUCUCCUCUAAUUAAAGACACCC